AUGCAAACUUCCACCAUUUGGAUGCAGAUUAGCGUCUGUUUGAUGGCUAAUGAGCCGCUAGCAUACGGAGCGAUAGCCCCCAUGUUCCAUGAAGCACCUAAGGAGAUAGUGUAUAAAAUCGAAAGCUCUAAGUUUGAUGAUCUCCGCGGCAAAGGUUGGAUGUGUUUCCUUGACGCCGGGCCUCGCAGCCUUAUGUAUGAACGGUCCUCUAAGGAGAACGGAGGGACUGCGAAGAAUCUUGUUGGAAUAACUUGUGAUGAUUUUACAUAUUUGGUGAUCAAUGGUCUCAUCACGACGGUUUUUGAUAAGAAUAUUCAUGCUGGUUUUCACUACAUUAAAGUCGAAGAUCCGUUGAAGGAUUUCAAUAGUAGAGCCUUUCAACCCUCUCGUGUGACAUCAUCAGGAAUUCUGAAGUGUCGAGAGAUCGCCACAGACCUACAGAAGGAGUUCGCUGGAAUCACUAAUCCCCCGAACGUCGUAGCUCAGAAAGUUGGUGAUGAGAUCAUGUCUAAGAUCUGUGAUGAAUAUCGGAAGGCCACUCAGUCUUUGUUACGAAAGCCCAGAUCGAUGCAACCAACGGAGGCUUCGGAUUGA